ACUCUGAAGAACAGCACAUUUUGGGGACCCACUUAGUGUGUGUGUUCUUGGUUGCCUGUUCCUUCUUCCGUCUGUACAGCGUGGUCCCUGUAACGGCAGGGGCAUCAGCCUCCCUCUUUCUCUGGAGGACCGCCCCUCUUGGGACUCUGAGGAACAAUGGAAGUCUUGGGGUUUCUCAAACUGGAAGUGAAUGGCCCCAUGGUGACAGUGGCCCUGUCAGUGGUCCUCUUGGCCCUCCUGAAAUGGUACUCCACAUCAGCGUUUUCAAGACUGGAGAAGCUGGGCAUCAGACAUCCCAAGCCUUCUCCUUUUGUUGGAAACUUGGCAUUUUUCCGCCAGGGUUUCUGGGAAAGCCAAAUGGAGCUCAGAAAGCUACACGGACCUCUGUGUGGGUACUAUCUUGGUCGCCGGAUGUUUAUUGUUAUCUCUGAUCCAGACAUGAUCGAGCAGGUGUUGGUUGAGAACUUCCAUAACUUUACCAACAGAAUGGUGUCUGGCUUGGAGUCCAAACCCGUAUUGGACAGCGUCCUGUUUUUACGUGACAAAAGAUGGGAAGAGGUCAGAAGUGUCCUGACUUCUGCUUUCAGUCCUGAGAAGCUCAAUGAGAUGACUCCCCUAAUCAGCCAAGCCUGUGACAUGCUCCUGGCUCACUUAAAAGGCUAUGCGGAAUCUGGGGAUGCUUUCGACAUCCAGAGGUGCUACAGCUGCUACACUACAGAUGUGGUUGCCAGUGUCGCCUUUGGCACCCAGGUGGACUCCCGGGGGGCUCCUGAGGACCCCUUUGUGAAGCACUGCAGGCGUUUCUUUGCGUACUCCAUCCCCAGGCCGAUCCUGGUUUUAAUCUUAUCAUUUCCAUCCAUAAUGGUCCCACUGGCCCGGAUUUUGCCCAAUAAGAACCGAGAUGAACUGAAUGGCUUUUUUAACAAACUCAUUAGGAACGUGAUUGCCUUGCGGGACCAGCAAGCAGCAGAAGAGAGGCGGAAAGAUUUCCUCCAACUGAUCCUGGACGCCCGACAUUCCUCCACCUCCGUGGGCGUGGAGAGCUUUGACAUGGUCAGACAAGUCUUCUCCACCGACUGUGCAGCGGGUCCCUCCCACCUGCACCAGCCCAGACGCCUGUCCAAGCCUCUGACUGUGGAUGAGGUCGUGGGCCAGGCCUUCAUCUUCCUCAUUGCUGGCUACGAGAUCAUCACCAACACGCUCUCUUUUGCCACCUACCUCCUGGCCACCAACCCUGACUGCCAAGAGAAGCUUCUGACAGAGGUGGACAGCUUUAAUGAGAAAUUCAAUAAUCUUGCCUUUGGCUUCCUCAUGGCUGAGCACCGGGAGCCACAACCCACCUUCCUCGGGGAUGCACGAAGCAAGACGCUCAUAGCAAGACUCACAGACAGCAAUUUGCAGCUCCCUUUCCCCAGUUUAUCUUCCUCCACCCUGAAUGGAGCUGGGCGGAUGGCUUAGACACAGGCUCCAGGCUGGAUUCCCUGCCUCAAAGCCAGGUUGAACCCCUGAACCAGCCACAUGACCGUAAACCUCAGUUUCCUGUUAAAGGGGAUAAUAAACCUAUUGGCUCCAUUCGGUUGGGGCUGAUUAGAUGAGGUGACACGUGUAAAGCACUUAGCAUGCAAUCCUGUGCCUAUGCCCCCCAGAAGCAUUUGUUUCUAUUUUGCUGUUGUUUCGAUGCUUCCUGUCACUCCCAUUGUACAGAUGUCAUCUCAGAAGCCUUAAGGAGACACGUGUCCCUUCAUGUGCCUCUGAUCCACCAGGGUCUCAGCACAUGCAUCUGUGCCCCUCGGCCAGCAGCCCCUCUGCUGCCACGCCCGCAUCCCUCACUGCCCCUCUGGGGUCCCUUGCUGCCCCUCCCUUUCAGCCUGGAACUUUUCCUGCCCUCCUUCCCUUCCAACAGAGUUCCUCUUUUCACAUCCUAUUUCCCCAGAACACUAUUUUCGGCCAGAGACCAACAAAACAAUGGUAGAAUUACCAAGACCCGAGGACUUGGAAGGAUUUCAGACAUUGCUGGUUGAUCCCGAAUGCCCUCUCCUGGGCACCUGCUCGGGACCCAUCAUCCACUGGUCACUCCAGGAAUGAAGGGCUCACCUCUUCCAUGUUUCAAACAGCUGGACCAGACCAUUAAUCCACAAAUCCAUUUCCCUAUAGUUUCCAUCUAUAGCUUCAAACUCUGGGCCCAAAUGACCCUUUAAAAGACUGCCCACCUCAGGCUUCUGCAAAUUUUCUCCAUGUGGCACACUUUGAAGUCCCUUGCCCACCCUAGUCUCCCUCCAGCCUGUGUACCUCUAGAGGGUGAUACAGCCGGAGUAGCAGGCUGACCCAGGGUGCGAGCAGAUGGUGCAGAGGAGAGCACAGUAGCUGCUUCCAUGAUGGUUGUUUCCAGUGACGGGGACGGGGGGGCGGCCAUUGAUAACCCGUUCUCCAGUUACCUUCCCUGAAUUUGUCAAAAUGUAUCUCAAUUAUUGCAACUCCGUAGAGUAAUAAGUCCUACAAGUUUCAAAUACACCGGAUAGAGGGGUGCCUGGGUGGCUCAGUCGGUUGAGCUUUCGACUUGGGCUCAGGUCAUGAUCUCACGGUCUGUGAGUUCGAGCCCCGCGUCAGGCUCUGUGCUGACAGCUCAGAAACUGGAGCC